CACACACACACACACACACACACACACACACACACACACACACACACACACACACACACACACACACACACACACACACACAGCUGUCUGAGCUAUUUCUGACUUCCCAGACUGCCGAGUCAUCCAACGACCAAGAGGGGAGGAAGUUUUCUCUCCCUCCUUUUUACUCUUUCUUUAUUAAUCUUUUUCAUCUAUUUUGCCUUCUUGUCUUCUUAAUUGAUCACUUAUUUAAUCUCCUUUAACACUCAUUUAUUCUUUCUUCUUGAUUCUUUACGUCUCGCCACCACAUUUGUUGUUUCCUUCCUAUUCUUCAUCUUUACUUCUUAUUUGUCUUCAUGCUGUUUUCCUCCUCGUCCUCCCUCCUCCUCUUUCUGCCAGCUUGUCUGAGCCAUCUGACUCGGCAGCGACCGCCUGCGACCUUUUGCUGACUGCAGGAGGAGGAGGAGGAGGAGAUGAAGGCAGAUAAACGGAGAGCAGGCAGCGGAUGACAAAUGAGCUAAUUGCUUUAGAUUAACCAUGCAGUGUCUGCCUGCCUGGCAGGCUUACAGCCUCCUCCUGUCUAGACAACACUGCAGAGGGAGGGAAAGGAUCAGCAGCCUCCUUCAUGCAGCAAAACCUAAAGUCAAAGUCUUAAACUAACUUUUUUUCUGGUUGUUUUCCUUCUGAGCUUCCCAGGUCAACUUAAAAUAACUGGAGCACUGAGAAGUCAGGUCAGCUGUGGACAGUAAUCUGCUGGUUUGAUUUAGUAUCACAAGAGACGAGUAUAGGAAACCUUAAAUGUAGGGUUUGAGUUUCCUCUGAAUCUUUUUUCUUCUAACUUUUAGGCAGCUAAAGCAGUGAUGAGAAACAGUUUGUAUCAGAAACACAUCAAAGUGUGAUUUCUUUCUUGGUUUUUCUUCGAACUUUACCUGAAACCACUUCAAGUUAUCAAUAACGUCACAUAAAUCAGGGCCACGGAGUAAAUCCAGGAACAACCGGAGGUCACAUGUUUGAACUGUUAUCGAGCUGCGAUGCAGACAAACACUUACUUUGUUGUAUUUCUUAUUUUUAAAAUGUGCAAAAGUUUUAAACAUGACUGAAUGUUGGACUUCCUUAAAGGCCCAGUGUGUAAUAUAUGUGAUUUAUUAGUAUCAUCAGAUAUUAAUUAAAACUGUAGCCCUCUCCUGCUUCGUCUACCAACAUUACAAGGACCAAAACCUCCCAUUUGGACCAUAAGGAAUCUUUUUUGAUGCUUUUUGCCAAUAAGGUUACACCAUCUCUGUCCCUGAAACUUCGGGGAAAUGAGGGCGCAUUUGAGUAUCAGCCUUGUUACUUUGCUGUGAUGUAAUCUGCCUUAAAAUGAGCACUUAGAAGGAUCCAGCCUCUAAUAACAAACACUUCCUGGUGAUCAGCCUUAGAAUGUGUCACAUUCAAAAAGGUCCGGGCGGAAACUUUUACCUCUUCCCCUUGAAAAUUAUUAAUCUAGUUUCUGGGCUUCCUCUGUGUUUAUUUACUAAGAGGACUUUUUAUGUGUGUGUUGUUUGUUUUUAGGCACGCUGCUGUCCACAGAAAGAGCAGAACAGCUGAGCGAACUUUUCUAACUUUUCUUUUGUCUUGCCUCCAUAUGCAGAAUGGUUCACUUUGUACUUUGUAGAAACGACAGUAAUUCAAUUUUCUUUUACGGAGCAGAAAGUGGUGAUGCAAACAAGUAAAAAUCUGUUUUUGUCUAACAUUUACUCAUUUGUCUCUUCACACAAACAAACAUGCUGCUGAGAAACCAGUCAGCUCCUCAGCUGUGUGCUUCUUGAACACUAAGAGAUGAUAUAUUGUUGUGCUUCAGCCCUUAGCAUGUAUUUUCAUCACUGCAGCAGCAAGUUAUGCAUGUAGUAAAAAUAAUUUGGCUUCUGUGGUUAAGAGGAAGAGAAGGGGAGAAAGAAGACCAAGUUAAAGGAAAUAAAAUAGAAAAGUGAGAAAAGGGGGAAAACUAUUUUUUGAGGAGUUUCCUUGCAAAUGUAGAUUAGACGUUAUCAAUGGAAAAAGAGAGAAAGGGUCUAAUAUUUCUAGUUACAGAGAAAUAUUCUACAUGUUCAAUUAAAGUUGCAAUUUGUAAUCAUAUUUAUUUGUGUGUGUGUAUAUAUAUAUAUAUAUAAUGUGUACAACAUAAUAAAUGUAUAUAUAUAUAAACUUCAAGAGCAAGUCAUCCCCUACUACUCCACUCACACUUCCUGUUUGAAAACUGCAGCAAAUGAAGUUGCCUAGCAGACGGAGAGGGCGGAUCCGCUAACAAAUACACACAAACACACACAGGCUCACAACGACAUUGUGACGUCAUAUGGUACCAGCUAACUUCCUAGGAUACCUCUUAGCCAAUAGCGAUGGCAGAUUUAAAUUCAAAUGCAGUGCAGAGUUUUUACGUGACAACGACACAACACUGACAGUUUUAGGCAGAAUAUUUAAAUUUUAACUAAAAUGCACUAAAGUGCAAAACUAUUGACUACACGUGUCUGCAGCAUGAUUAAACACGCAUUUAUGUAGUUUAUCAGAAAAAAAGUUGAUUUAGUGGUGACUUGCACUUUAAUAAACUUAUUUAUAAUAUUCCUCAAGUUUUCACAGUAUUAAUAUAGUAGGACUUUGAAAAUAACAUGGCACAGUUAGGUUAUCACAUGCUAACAUGAUAUUGCUCUGAUUCUAUUUUGUGAGCCUGGCAGCUCUGCACUUCCAUAUGGUGAUUAUCAGUUUAUAGAGAUAAAACUUUCUUCCCUCCAACGGUUGUUUAAACAUUAUACAGAAAGGAUUCCCAAUAUCAUAAAUAAUUCUCUUUAAAGGAGUAUUUAGUUUAUUGUGACGGAGCGAAAUGCCCACCAGCCGCCUCACUCUUCUCCACUAAAGUUGUUUGGAGGAAUUUAGAGCCUGUUUCCACCAUCAUGUGUCAUAAAUCACAUUUUAACCAUUUGCGAUCCACUUCUGCGAGCUUUGAAGGUCUCUGGUUUGUUUGUCCUAAUGAGUGCCCCCUUCUCUCCCCGUUUCAGUCCCUCAUCAUUAUUCCGUCCUUUCCUCUGACCCAUCUGUCUUUCCCAGAUGCUCCCAGCACCCCCCCCCCUCCUCCCCCUCACAUUGACCCCUUUUGUUCACAUCCAUUGAGUGCUGGAGGAGGCAGGAAGGGUCUGGUCAGCUGUUUCCUCCAUGCAUGUCUGGGCCGUGUGGGAAUGUGUGUGAGAAAAAGUUGCAGACAAAGCUCAGUGGAGGCUCCAAGUUAGGGUGUGGGCUGGUGAGGACACACACACCGCGCCGGAGCAUCAGAGCGACAUGUAGCCGGCAGCUUUACAGCCGUUUUAUUUUACUUUCUUUUUUUUGUUUUGGUUCUUCUGCCAUACUUUUAUUUCACUGCCUUUGCCUCAAGAGGAGCUCUUCAGGUUCUGAUCAGAGGAACAGGAGUGCUUUAGAAGGAGCGACUAUGCAGCCCUCAUCAGGGACUCACAGCCAUGAAAACUGUGUUCAGACACAACUCUGUGCCCAGCUGGAGUUCAUCCAGAUCUUGGUGAUCGUGGUGGUUAUGAUGGUCAUGGUGGUGGUCAUCACCUGUCUGCUCAACCACUACCGCAUAUCGGCGCGCUCCCUCCUCUCCAGACACGCCCAGACACGACGGAGACACCUGCCGCUGGCCAGCGAUGGAGGUUUGUGGUCCUCUGAGAACCCCGGGACGAGCAGCGGUCUGACAGAGCACCAGGUGUACAACCCACGCCCACCAGACAGAGCAGUCUUGUCCUACCUGCAGCGGGACCAACAGCACAACCAACCCCAGCCUCCGCACCAACCGCAGCGCUUCCAGCACACAUAUGCCUCGAGUCGGUUCCAGCCGACGUACCCCUACCUGCCCCAAAGCCUCAUCGAUCUGCCCCCCACCAUCUCCCUCUCAGAUGGCGAGGAGCCCCCGCCGUACCAGGGCCCGUGCACCCUGCAGCUCAGAGACCCCGAGCAGCAGAUGGAGCUGAACCGCGAGUCGGUCCGAGCGCCGCCUAACCGAACAGUGUUUGACUCGCAUCCCCUGGACCCGUCCAACUCCUGCCAGCAGGCCAGCCUGCAGGCCCCUCCCCCGAGUGUCCAUCCAGGCAUCAGCGUGUUGGAGGAGACCUUGAACCGGCAGCAGAAGAGGGGCUCUCGAGUGGAAGGAUCUCCUCCGACCUACAGCGAGGUGAUCGGGCACUACUACCACCCGACGUCCCUGACCUCCAGCCACAAUCAUCGAACUGUUUCGUCCUCUCAUGCGGCCCCGUCCUCACUCAUACAUGGUCUGCUCAGACCUCUGCCUCAGCAGCAAAGACAUGUGGACCACAGGAAUGCAAGGAACACCAAGGAGAAAUCCCAGAAGCCCCAGCAGGUGUGACCGGACUUUCUCUCUCCUCAUUCCUGCGAGAAAAUGUCAAUCCUUCAGCUCCCCAUUUGGCUAAUCAUCAGUGGACUGUGAGGAAUGAUCCUGGGAAUGAUAAUAUCUCUGAACGAUUACAGAACUGAUCGACAUCAUUUAACAAACUGACUGGAGGUCAGUUUCAGAUGCACAGAUAGGGUAAGAGCUGAGGGCUUCCCGUUAGGGAAGCUACUUUGCUUCUGCUACAGGAGAACAUCUGCCCCUUUCUACAAGGUUUGAGAAGAGGUCCAGAUGAUGGAAAUGAUGAAAGUGACUGAUAUCCAUUUCUCAUUAUAAAUAUUUACUUGUUUUGUUUGUUUUUGUAAAACAUUUCAUCAUUUCCACGCCUGCGAAAAACUUUUAUCUUCUUGGUUUUUCCAGGAUUUGUUCAGUUUUUUAGUUUUUUUUCUGUGAUAAUCUCCCACUUCACUGCUCGGAGUCCUUAAAGUCUUAUUUGAUGUUCUCAUCUCCUGCGCCGAGCUUCGGCUCCAUCACCGGGAUGCGUUAGCACCUUUUACCGUUUAGAUUUAGUUAGCGUUGAUCUGAAACUAGCUUCCAGUGAUGAACGUCCCGAAAGCUAAAAGCUCUGCCUUACGCUGACCAACUCCUUCAGGAGAUGUUAUGGAUAUCCUGUUUUUGCUGUUUGUUUUUGUGUCUAAAGAGGGUUUGCACAAAGUCCUGGCAUGGAUGAGAGUGUGAGAAGGUAGCUGUGUUCGUUCUGAACUUGAUGCAUUCCUCGCGGUUUUGGUUUGUUUGUUGUGUCGUUCUAAAAUGGAGAUGAACAUCAGUAACAUGUUGGGGUGCCAACAGCCUCGUUUGAAACAUACAUUUAUAUCGGUUAUAUAUGGAGUAUAUACACACACGUAUGCAAACUGAAAGUGGAAAGCACGACUUUAGUUAUUUAUAUAUUUGCUGAAAAGAAUUGCACUAUUUUUUUAGUACGCGCAGAUGGAACGUUUGAGAGGGACUUGUUUUUUGUGAGGGAGCGCUUUGUUUUUGGGUUUAAAAGAUGAAGAUAGAAAAGAAACUUGCCAGAGUUUGAGAUCAGAAAAGUGCACAGCAGCGGUUAUCAAAUGGAGGGAAGAGCCUGACUUUGGUCCAAUGGAUUCAGACUCCAUUACUAUACCAUAGAUUUAAAAAAAACUCUCCGGUUUAUGCAAACGUCUGAGUCCUGCGAGCUAACCAAAUGUCAGCGUCCAGCCUGCGGGUCCAAUCAGAAACCCAGAGCUCUCUCUCUUCCUCAUCCUUUUGGCCGAAUCAUUAGCAAUCCAAAGCUGGCUGCUACUACCUCGACCAAAAGCACAUAAAAGUUACGUUAAUCAGACUAUGUCUCACUGAACAUGUCUGAGCCAAUCAAGAUGGAGCAACUAAUAGAAAUGUGUAGAGUAGAAUGAAGUAGCCAUUAGGUUUUUGAUAUUGCUGCGUAAUUUUAUUUGAAUAUCAGAUGUUUUUGUUCAUUGGGUGAGAAGAGAGAGACAACAACUAUCUCUAAUGUAGUGCAUUACUCAGGAAGGAAGCCAGUUACCCUGCAGGCCCCAAACGUCUGAUAAUGCUGACUGUGCUGCGGCUGUGUGGAUGCUUUUACAUCAACAUGUCUGAUAUUCUCUUAGAUUUGCAUCUCUGCUUCCUUCAACAGACAGACAGACAGACAGACAGACAGACAGACAGACAGACAGACAGACAGUUUACUCUGGGAAGUUCUUUUUUUGCAGGCAUCUCUGAGCACUUUAAUGCAGCAGGAACGAGACCACAAUCCUUUGUCAGCCAGCGCCAGCUUAACCUCACACACACACACACACACACACACACACACACACACACACACACACACACACACACACACACACACACACACACACACACACACACACAUACACACACACACACACACACACACACACACAAUAAUGCACAAAAAGUUUUAGCUGCACUUUUAAAAGAUGCUAAAUUCUUUCAAACUUCUGCAAAUUUCUUGCCUAAAGAAAAAGUUUAACACUUAAAAUGUAUUUACUUAUUAUAAUCAUGAUUGCAAUGAGAUUUUUUCACCCAAAAUUCUUUUCCAGAUGUUUUUUUAUUUGUUUUGUUUUAAAGUUUGUUAGAAACGUUUGAUUUUUUUUUUUUUGCACAGGAUGAGUUGUUUAAACUAGACACACUGAAGUGUUGACAAGUGGCACAAGUGUUAAGAGCAGCUCGUCCUGUGUCAUCUCUUUCAAAGUGCAGAAGUUAUUUUAGUUUUUUAUUGGUAAGACUCCUCACAGCCUGGGAGGUCCAGUCUUCAUGUAAAUUAGCGCCAUCUGCAGGACCUGAGCCAAACUGCAGCCACAACUGAUCUGGUUCUAAUCUGACGUGGUUGUUUUAAGGUUAUUUUCUCUGGUUGAUUACACGAUUGAAAGCUUUUUCAGUUUCAGCUGUUUGAAAAUGAAGUCUGACAAACAAUAAUUAUGAUUUCCAAAAAUUUUCUAAAAGUUAAAAGCAAAAACUGAUCCUGAUCUGCUCCAAAAGGUCAUCUGCUCUUGCUUUGACCGAGUUUGAAUAUAUCCAGCUUGACAUAUAUUUCUAAUCCUGCUAGCAAACAGAUAAACAACAAUCACAUAUGAUAAUCACAGUUUUGUAGUUUUGUUAUGCAGGAGGAGUAAACAGUAACCAACACAACCAAAUUAAAACCCAAACUGUCUGAGUAGAAGCACUUAUGUCUUAUAUAAACGGGUUUGGAACCAUUUGCAUUAUCAGUUUAUUGGUUCUUUUUAUUUCUGUCUCCUAAACAUCUUUUAGAGGCAAGCACUUACUUUUCUUUUUCAAUUAUAGAAAAUAAAAAUAAAAAUUCUCUUGAUCCAAAGCAGCUGAAUAACGAUUGGCUCACAUCAUCCCAGACCUUUAAUCUGAUCCUAGAUCAGGUAAAGUUCAUCCUUUUCUUCCAUCACAGCAGUAACCGGAUCAGUUUACUUCCCGUUAAUUCCUGCGUGAAAGGCUUCACAGCGGUACCGUGAGAGCAGACCGGCUGCAUGUCGCUGUGGAAACAAACUAAAGAGAUGAUGACAAAAAUACACCCACAACACAGUGCAUGACUACAGGAAACCCUGUGCUGGCUGACAAAACACAUUCAGAGAGGAGGAGGACGCUGAUCAAGAGUUUAUUUUCAGUAAAAUGACUUCAUGUUUACUGCAAACACGUCUGCAUGCAGGAGGAGGUGUGUUUGAUCCAGGAUCAAAGAUAGGAAGCUAAUGCACAGUGUGUGUGUGUGUGUGUGUGUGUGUGUGUGUGUGUGUGUGUGUGUGUGUGUGUGUGUGUGUGCGUGUGUGCGUGUGCGUGUGUGUGUGUGUGUGUACAGUGACUGUGGUGUGGGAAAUACCUACAGCUGUCUAGACAAAAACUAAACACACACACACACACUCAGGACCACACAGGGUUUGUGUGUCACGUCACACCUGGUUUCUCUCCUCCUCCACCUCCUCCUCCCCACAUCUGAACUAGCUCUUCCUGUUCCCACAAGGUGCCUGCCCAUCCAAUCACAGAGCUCCUUUUCAAACUGGCCCUUUUUGCCAUUGGUCCUUUUGGAAAUGUCCAUUUGUUAUUGUUGCUUGGUCGUUUGAGUGUGCCUGCCUGUCUGAGACAGGCUCAGUGUGUGGGCUGUCAAUCACCGCGGACACACUGUCUCAGAUGAUGAUGAUGAUGAUGAUUGAAUGGUGAUGAAGAGAUUGAUUUAAAAAUGAUGUUUUUGAUAGAGAUGCUGCAAAAGAUUGUUGCAAUACACCUACUAUUUGCCUUUUUGAUAAUAUUAGUCUUAUUUUAACGUAGUGUGUUUAUUGUAAAUGAUUUCUAAUUAUUAUUGUUGUUGUUUAUUCACUUUAGAACAAGAAAGAUUUCACUUUAAUUCACUGCUCACACAGAACUGUUAUUUUUUUGUAAACCUAGAGAGUGUAAAACUACCUACAGCAUCACACUGAAGCUGCAGAUCACAGAGAGUGAAGAAAUCCAUUUUAAGUGCUGUUUCUUUAUGUUUUUAACUGUUUGUGUUCAUUAGCAGGCGUUAAAAGAGAAAAACUGUACAGUUUGUGCAACGCAUCACCUGCUAAUCACAGACAUGUUCAGUCAUUCUCUUUUCUUUUCUUUUUUUUUUUUUUGCUAAUCAUCAAAUCUCCAUUGUCCCCAUUUGUGCCUUCUGGUGUUUAGCAUCAACAGCAACCUUUUAUUAUUAUUUAAAUCCACUUUACUGUUGCCUUCUGGUGCAUAACCUCAUACAGAGCUGCGUGUCGGAGUCAUUUGGAACAAAGAAGAAAAGACAACAUAAAUCAUAAAUAAGUUUUCUUCACUGAAUAAUUUUUAUUUGUUAUUUUUGCUACUUUUCUUGAAUUUUUCUUCAUUUCAAAGAGGCGAUCAUCUCUGACUGCAGUUUCUUCAUAUCUAUCUUGCUGAGGUUUAUUUUAGGACACUUAACUUAAAUCCUGGUGUUGAAAAUGCUCGCGUGUGAUUAACAUCCUGCGACUGAACAAAGGCGAAGAAGAAUUUUUCCCCUUUUGUGUUUCUGCUAUGUCCGAAUGGUUGUGUGCUGUUUUAUAUCCGACCUGCUCACCGAAUCAGCGCUGCAUGGCGCCUUUUCCUCCUGACAAUGUUUUAGAGAAAAGAAACGGUGUGAUAACACUCUCCUUUUGUUGCAGUAUGUGAGGUGUGCAUAUUUAAAUAAACAUUUGUAUCUUGCAGCGUUGCGAAGCUUGCGACUGUUGUAGAAGUCUUCCACCUGUUUUUGGAGUUUGAUCCUGUGUGAAAUUGUUCUGCUCAGGAUUCCUGCAUGCAGCUGGCCAACUUGUCUGACAAAAUAAAAAUAAAAACCGUCAACAACAUCUUUAA